ACCUCAUAGCUAUCAUUUUGAGCACGCACAUAUCAUGCCUCGAUAUAUGAUCCUCAUCAAAGCUUCUCCAGAAGCUGAAAACCCAACUUCCACUGGACCUGAGAUCUUUGAAGAGAUGACCACCUUUAACGAAGAGCUUCAUGCAGCUGGCGUUCUUCUCUCAGCCGAUGGCCUCAGUCCAACCAAAGAUGGCUACCGUGUUACAUACUCCAUGGAUGGUCCUGCACAGGUCACCAAGGGGCCUUUUGACGUUGUGAGAGAAGGGCACGUUUGUGGCUGGUGGAUUCUCAAGACCAGAGACGGUGAAGAAGCUGUUAGCUGGGCAAAGAGAAUUCCUUUCAAGGAGGGCGAGGUUACAGUCAGGAAGAUUGCUGAGUUGGUUGACUUUGGGGACAGUGUGACGGAUGAUGUGAGGGAGAGGGAGAAGAAACUCGCCAAGGAACUGGAGAAGAAGAAUGAAGGGAACUAAGAAAGGCAGGUUAGGCUGUACUUGCUGCAAUCUUUAGGAGGCAGUGAUAUUGCUUCCUUACUUCGGAGGAGAGCAUCAUGUUAUAGGUUGCUUAGAUGUCGCUAUCUUUACUGGUCAUCAUUCGCUGUUGCGCCAAUGAAACGAAGAUAUUGUUAAUAAAAUUCUUGG